GUCGCUCUAGCAUGCACCAAUUCACAAAUACCACCUCACGAUCGUAGGACUUGCAAACAAUAUAAAAUCCGCGAAUAAAGGACUGACAGAUUGCCAGGAAGCGUUUCGCCUUGUCCCACGAUGUCGGACAGCCCAGUGCCCGGCUCCGCAUCCGCGUCCGCCUCCUCGUCGAGCCUCAGUGUCCUGCGGCAGUUUCGCAUCAACAAGAAUGCCUCCGCUGCCGCCGCGAGUCCUGCGAAAACUGAGCGCGUGCCCGGCAAGAAGCGCAUCCAGGUGAUGGCCGACAGUGACAGCGAUGGCAACGAACCCCAGAUGCCGAAGAAAACCAAACUGGAGCUGACCGUGAAGGAGAAGGAGGAGCGCUACAUGGCGGCCGCCCAUAUCUCGCCCCAGUUCGACACAAUGGCCAUCCAAGAGUCACUCUCCCGCACCAAUUGGGAUGUGGCCGCCUCUGUGCGCUACCUAAGGGAGCACUGCAAGCCCAAGGGCCAGAAUGGACCGCAGGCCAAGCCCAAGCUGAAGCCCACCUCGAACGGGACCAGUGGAACUUCACAAGGCAACUUCUCGGAUAACGACCACUCAGACGACGACGAUGUCAAGCAGUCCAAGGAUCAGGUGUACGACAGCGAUGACAGCGACACCGAGAUGUCCACCAAGAUGACGGGGCAGCGCAAAAAGGUGUUCCAGUUCAUGAACGAGGCUACGCUUAUCGAGCUGCAGUCGGUUAAGACGCUGUCCGAGAAGAAAGCCUUAGCCAUCAUUGAAGUGCGACCUUUUAGUGAUUGGGCAGGACUACGCAAAAAACUGGAGAGCAUUAGGAUGUCGGGUGAUCUUCUUAACUACGCCCAGGAGCUGAUCAACAAACAGAACACGGUGGCCACCAUUCUAAGCAAGUGCAACAACAUGGUGUCCCGCCUGGAGAAGGCGAUUUCCAAUGGCGCCGGCAUUGUGGAGCAGCCAAAGCUUCUUAGCACUGGCCUACAGUUGGCUGACUAUCAGAUCAUUGGCCUUAACUGGCUCACAGUGAUGCACAAACAGGAAAUGAAUGGCAUUUUAGCGGACGAAAUGGGUCUGGGCAAGACAAUUCAGGUGAUUGCAUUUCUGGCUUACCUAAAGGAGAAUGGUCUCAGCCAAGCGGCCCAUUUGAUUGUGGUUCCCUCGUCCACGCUGGAUAAUUGGGAGGCGGAGAUCAGCAGAUGGUGCCCCAAACUGGUGGUGGAGAAGUAUCAUGGCUCGCAGGACGAGCGGCGGAGAAUGCGAGGGCGCUAUGCCAAGGAUGGCUUCACUGGCUUCGAUGUUCUUCUGACCACCUAUCACAUUGUUGGAUCCACGCCGGAGGAGAGAAAAAUGUUCCGGGUUUGCAAGUUGGACUAUGUCAUCUUCGAUGAAGCUCACAUGCUAAAGAACAUGACCACGCAACGUUAUGCCAACCUUAUAACCAUCAAUGCUAGGAUGCGCAUCCUGCUCACCGGUACUCCGCUGCAGAACAAUCUGCUGGAGUUGAUCUCUCUGCUCUGCUUCGUGAUGCCCAAGUUCUUUGCCAAGAGCAUCGAUGAUAUCAAAUCGUUGUUUGUUAAGAAGGGAAAAUCCGAUGGCGAUCAAGAGGAGGUGUCACAGUUCCAGGAAACACAGAUCCAGAGAGCCAAGCGCAUCAUGAAGCCGUUUGUUCUCAGACGCCUUAAAAAAGAUGUCCUCAAGAACCUGCCCAAGAAGCUAAGCCUGGUGGAAAAAGUACCCAUGAGCACCCAACAAAAGCACUACUAUCACGAACUGGUCGAGUAUUAUUCCAACAACAAGGGCGAGGUGUGCAGCAGCAGUGAAAGGGCCGGCAUAGCGAUCAUGAUGGAGAUGCGUCGCAUUGCCAACCAUCCGCUGCUGAUGCGUCAUUACUUCACCGAUGCGAACCUGCGUGGAUUCUCUAAGCGCCUGGCAAACGCCAGUUCCUACAAAAAGACCAACGAGCAGUACAUCUUCGAGGAGCUGGCCGUCAUGUCGGACUUUCAGGUCUAUCAGAUGUGCAACAAGCAUGAAUUUUACGACGUCAAAAUACCCGAUGAGUUGAUCUGCGAUUCCGGGAAAUUCCGGUACCUGGACACGUUGCUGCCGAAGUUGAAGGAGGAGGGGCACCGUGUGCUGCUGUUCAGCCAGUUUACUAUGAUGCUGGACAUUGUGGAAGAGUAUCUGCGGAUACGAAAGUUCGGUUUCUGCCGCCUGGAUGGAGCGACAGCCGUUAAUGUGCGCCAGGAUUUGAUCACCGACUUCAAUGACGACAACAGCAUUUUCGUCUUUUUGCUCUCCACCAAAGCCGGUGGCGUGGGCAUCAACCUGACGGCCGCCGACACAUGCAUCAUUCACGAUAUCGACUUCAAUCCGUACAAUGAUAAGCAGGCCGAGGAUCGGUGUCAUCGCAUGGGUCAGCAGCGACCAGUGACCAUUUACCGUCUCAUUUCCGAGAGCACCAUCGAGGAGGGCAUCCUCAUGGCCGCCGAAGAGAAGCUAAAGCUGGAGAAGGACAUCACGUCCAACGAGAAGGGCGAGGUGCACGAACAGCGCUGUGUGGUCAAGCUGCUGACCACGGCCCUUGGCUUGGACAAGGAUCAGGAGGAGCAGCUGAAUAACUCGCUUAACAGCUCUAUAGUCUCGCCCACCAAGUAGGCUUCCACCACGUUGUCGUCGUUCUCUUCCUUGUCCCAUCAUCCGUAUUUAUUCUGCGCCAGCAUCGGAUCAACCUUGGCCUAACGCUAUUAAAUUUUGUUAAAAUCUUCUGAGUAAUUUUACCGAUCAAUAUUGUAUUUAUAUAUUCUACGUAAACUUGUGUGCAAGGAAGUUAAGAUCUGGCGAAAGGUUAGCCCGUAAUUGAGUUAGUAAUUUGUCACCCAUAAGACGAAAGCUGUUUUUCACUAUUAACAACAACAUUUCCACGAUGAACCAAGGCGGACAAGUUUAGUUUCUUGUUUUUUUUGAUUUGUCAUCUUGCAUAGUUUUCCUUUCUGUAAGCGUUUAUGUAUCGAAUUGAAACUAUUGUUAUAAGGAUAAAGAACAUUUGUGUACGAA